UGUGCUCUGCCUCUGACGUCCCUUCCGGUGGCUUCUGGCGAGCGAGUCCUUUGGUCGGUUGGUUUCUACCUUGAAGUGGAAGUUUCCAGACAGAAAAGAGGUAACAGUCACACAAUGGAAGGUUCCAGGUGUUUCCGUGGAAGGUUCCGGGUGUUUCUAUGGAGGGUUCCGGGUGUUUCCGGGAAGGUUCCGGGUGUGUCCGUGGAGGGUUCCGGGUGUUUCCAUGGAAGGUUCCGGGCGUUUCUAUGGAGGGUUCCGGGUGUUUCCAGGAAGGUUCCGGGUGUUUCCGUGGAAGGUUCUGGGUGUUUCUGGGAAGGUUCCGGGUGUUUCCGGGAAGGUUCCGGGUGUUUCUGGGGAGGAUUCCGGGUGUUUCUGGGAAGAUUCCGGGUGUUUCUGGGGAGGUUCCGGGUGUUUCCGUGGAGGGUUCCGGGUGUUUCCGUGGAAGGUUCCGGGUGUUUCUAUGGAGGGUUCCGGGUGUUUCCGGGAAGGUUCCGGGUGUGUCUGUGGAAGGUUCCGGGUGUUUCUAGGGAAGGUUCUGGGUGUUUCUAUGGAAGGUUCUGGGUGUUUCCGUGGAAGGUUCCGGGUGUUUCUAGGGAAGGUUCCGGGUGUUUCCGUGGAAGGUUCCGGGUGUUUCCAUGGAAGGUUCCGGGUGUUUCCACAGGAAGGUUCCAGGUGUUUCCGUGGAGGGUUCCGGGUAUUUCCGUGGAGGGUUCCGGGUGUUUCCGUGGAGGGUUCUGGGUAUUUCCGUGGAAGGUUCUGGGUGUUUCUGGGGAGGAUUCCGGGUGUUUCUGUGGAAGGUUCCGGGUGUUUCCGGGGAGGGUUCCAGGUGUUUCCGGGGAGGGUUCUGGAUGCAGGAUAGUUAACGUUGGCGAGGAACGCGACCAUGAUGACAGCUCGGGGACCUGUGGUCUCUGCCCUGGUGCCGCGGCCGCCCUGAGGGAUCCGGGAAACAGGAAAACCCCUUCGCUUCCCCAAAGGCCGUCGUCAGGAGCGUCCCCCAGAGGCAGGCUCAGCGGGGGCGGCGAUGGGCCUUCGGAGGGAAGACGCCCGACGACGACAGGGCGGCCGCCGGAACUGCUUCUGGUUAGAAUGUCUUCGUUCAGACCAUCCUGUGUGGUUACUUGUAUUUUUGUAUUUAUUUUUAUUUCAUUUUUUCAGAGAGCGAGGAAGGGAGAGGGACAAAGAGAUGGAAAGGUCGAUGAGAGGGCACAUCCAUCGCUGCCUCCCGCACGCCCCCCCCGGGGACCAAGCCCGCAGCCGGGCCUGUGCCCCGACCGGAGUCGAACUGGGACCCCCAGGUUCCGAGGUGGACGCCCCACCCUGAGCCCCGGCCGUGGGGUUACUUCCCGUCUCGGAGUCCGUGAGGCGGCCACGCCGGCCGGUGAGAGCAAUGACUGUAACGCAGCGGUUCUCAACCUGUGGGCCGCGACCCCUUUGGCGGUCGAACAUGCGGCCUGUGGGCUGUGAGUUUGACGUGCUUGCCUUAGGUACUGAACGCUGCCCUAAAUGAUGCUAAAUUCCCUAGAUAUUCCACUCUAAUCCUACCCGUGAGCUAUGUAGCUUUAUGCUCUAGAACAGUGGUUCUCAACCUUCCUCAUGCCGCGACCCUUUAAUACAGUUCCUCAU